ACCGGAAAUGAGCGUCGCGCGGGGCAACGAAACGAGCAAACAGAGUGAAGGGACUUUCUGAAGAGGCAUAAUCUGACUUUUAUAACUCCUGAUUUCUUGAAGACCUGCUCCUGAAAUGGCCGGCAUCACCAACAGAGAGGAAGCUCAGGCUGAGUUGGACUCCAUCGAAGGCGAGUUGGAGUUGCUGGAGCUGCAGAUCUCUGAGCUCCUGGAGAAGCAGGCCUCUCUAACCUCCAGGAAAAACAAACUCAGGAAAAUUCUCGGCAGUUCGUCCGACUCUGCUCAGGCCUCAGGAUCUGCAAAAGCAUCCAAACCUGCGUUAAGCAAAAAGGACUUGCAGCACUAUGAGGAGUCAGAUUUCUCAUGGUCAAAGGAGGUCAAGGGGAAACUGGCGACCGUGUUCAAACUCUCCAAGUUCCGACCUCUUCAGCGAGCCGCGAUCAACCUCAGCAUGUCGGGGAGAGACCUGUUUUUGGUGAUGCCUACAGGCUGCGGCAAGAGCUUGUGCUACCAGCUACCAGCUGUCUGUUCAGAAGGUUUUACGCUGGUCAUCGCUCCACUGGUGUCUCUGGUAGAGGAUCAGCUCAUGUAUCUGAAGUCUCUCAACGUCCCUGCUGUGACACUUAAUGCUUCCAGUUCAAAGGAGGAUUCCAAGUCCGUCAUGGCAGGUAUGACUGAUAAAAACAGCCCCUUCAAACUGCUCUACGUCACGCCGGAGAAGAUCGCCAAGAGCAAACUGCUGAUGUCUAAACUGGAGAAAGCUUAUAAUAUGGGUCUGUUGGAGCGCAUCGCUGUGGACGAAGUGCACUGCUGCAGUCAGUGGGGUCAUGACUUCAGACCAGAUUACAAACUCCUGGGCAUUCUCAAACGUCAGUUCCCUAAUGUCCCGCUGAUCGGACUGACUGCCACCGCGACCAGCAGCGUUCUGAAAGACUGCCAGAAGAUCCUGUGUGUUCAGGAUCCAGUUACACUUACAGCACCGUUUAACAGGCCGAAUCUCUAUUAUGAGGUUCGGUUUAAAGACAGUGAAGACUCAACUAAAGAAAUUGCAGCACUGAUUAAAGGAAGAUACAAGGACCAGUCAGGAAUAGUGUAUGUGUUCUCACAGAAAGAUGCAGAGGUGGUGUCUACAGAGCUGCAGAAGAAUGGCAUCCUGGCUCAGCCGUACCAUGCAAACAUGGAGCCUUCAGAUAAAACCCUGGUGCAUCGUCAGUGGUCGAGCAAAAAGAUUCAGGUGGUUGUUGCUACAGUGGCAUUUGGAAUGGGCAUUGACAAAGCAGAUGUACGGUUUGUUAUCCACCAUACCAUCAGCAAGUCCAUGGAGAACUACUAUCAGGAGAGCGGACGUGCAGGGAGAGAUGACAAUCCAGCAGACUGCAUCGUGUUCUAUGGGUUUGCGGAUGUUUUCCGGGUCAGCGCCAUGGUUGUGAUGGAGAACACCGGCCAGCAGAAGCUUCAGGACAUGGUGGCUUAUUGCCAGAAUGUGGACCGGUGUCGGCGUGCCGUGAUGGCGACUCAUUUUGAUGAAGUUUGGGACGAUAAAGAGUGCAACCAGACGUGUGAUGUCUGUCGCCAUGGAAAUGACUACAUCACCAUGGACAUCACCAAGCACGCACGUGAUGUGGUGGAAAUCGUCGAAUUGGCCGCGUCUCUGGACGAGAAGAUGACUCCUCUGAAGGUGUGCGACACCUGGAUGGGGAAAGGCAGUGCCAAGGUCCGUAAAAUGGCCAAGGUGACGACGACCCUGUCACGCCAGGAGGUGGAGUCCAUCAUUGUUCAUCUCUUACUGCACGGCUACUUCAGUGAAGAUUUCAGCUUCACACCGUACACAACGUACUUUUACCUGAAAGCAGGACGUAAAGCUGACUUACUGAAGAACGAAAACCACUCUGUCAUGAUGAAGAUGAGGAGGAAAGGUUCUGCGUCCGUCUCGAGUGUCAAUCUGACAGGAGGCAGUGGAGAUAAGAGUAGUGCCGAGCUAAAACCAAAAGAAGGAAAGAGACCCGCUGAGCGCGCUGGGAAAAACCCCGUGACCAAGAAAAUCAAGAAAGAAACUGUUCCCUAAUCCCAUGAAGAAAAAGAACCCAAAAAUCGACCAAUCAGCUGCUGAGCUACAGGAAGAAACUCACAGAUGCUGGAAAGAUAUCAAUACUGAUCAAAGUACAAAUGAAAAUUUAAU